AUGCAACAAAGAUAGAAGCCAAAGAAGCUGAUCAAUUAGAAACCAACCAAAAGUAUUGGUCAAGCAUUACAUGAUUAAUUUAAGUAAUUAGAUUGGUUUGGACAAACUAUCAAGCUGACCUACAAAGGAGAGGAUUCCUAUAAGACAACUCUUGGCGCAUCAGUCUCUUUUAUCCUUAUUUUGCUUCUCUUGGGUUUUUCAAUAUUCAAGACAAUCUACUUCUUUAGUAGAUUCAAUCCUGACCUUAGCAAAGUCACCUUAAUGAGAGAUAUGAGAAGCAGUGAAUCCUAUAGACCUUAAGAAACUGGGUUUGAUUUUGCAUUUGGAUUAAAUAGUGAUCUUGAUCCUCGAAUCGGAUACUUCACUGUAAAGCAAAUUGGAAUCUAUACUACUGAUAAGAAAGAUAGCUCUGGCAAGGCUAUCAAGGAUAAAAUAAUCAAAGAACUCAAAUAUUAAAAAUGCGGGGACUAAUUAUUUGAUUUUCCAAACUAACAGGAGAUACUAUCACAAGGGAUCUCAAACUACAAUUGCUUAACAGACAAUGACUAUUAAUUUUAAGGAAAUUAUUUCUCGGAUAGUUUUUAAUACUUGGAGAUCAAACUUUGGAAAUGUUAAAAUAAUACUAAAAUUAGCAAUCUAGCUUGUCUCAGCGAUACAGCAAUAAACAGUUAUUUAGAUUCAGAGUUUUUCAAUUUUGCCUUUGUAAAUACCUUUUAUGAUCUUACCGAUUUUGAGCCAAACUAACAAAUUAAGCCAUUUAUAGAUGAUUCCCUAUUCUUUGAGAUUGAAUCAUCAAGAUCUAAAAAGAACAAUUUCUAUAUCUAGCAGUAGGAAGCUUAAUUAGAAGAUGACUUUGUUUAAUUUGGAUAAUCAAAGAAUAUUAUAUUUCACCAAGUGAGCAAUAAUAGAUUCUAUGAUAAUCAGUACAAGAAAGAGUAAGGUUAUGUUGUUGCAGUUUUCCUAAGAUAUGAUAAUAGAUAUGAUGUUUAUGAAAGAAAAAUAUAUUCUUUACUAGAAUUACUCGGAGAUAUCGGUGGUUUACAAGGAGCAUUGAUGGGAAUAGGCUUUUUAUUAGUUGGAUUCAUAUCCUCAAGAAUGUUUAUCAGUGAUAUAAUGCACAAAAUUUAUCAAGUUAGAAAGUAUAUAAUGUAGCCUGCUAUACACGACUAAAUGUUUAAAAUGAGGAGUAAAACUGGCACGACUAUCAAUGAAUAAUAAUACAUGUCAACCAAUGCUUAGCUCACUAGCAAGUAGAGAUUAGAUAGUUAAAGUCCCAUAUAAGACAGGGCAGAACAUAAUUUUGACAAAAGAGAUAGCUUUAAAAAGAAAAAUUUAGUGGAAAAUAAUUUUAGCUCAUAAGAUUAUCUGAAUACUAUGAAUGAUAAGGAAAAUCCUAUAACUUCAAAUAGAUCUUUAGUCUAUAAGACAUCAACAAUGAAUGAAGAGGGAGUAAGAAGUAUUUAAAUUUAGAUUGGCAUUGAAGAUCAAAUAGGCUUAAAUAUACAGAACACAAUACAACUUAAUAACAAUUUAGAAAAUGCUUAAGAUUUGUAAGAUGAGAGAGAUAUUAAGGUUAGAGAACAUAUGAGCUCAAAGCAAUUUAAAAAGAAACAAACAAUGGAAAAAUAAGACGUUUAAAAUGUACUAAUGACACUUAUUUCUAGAAUGAGAUUCAAAUAUAAUACUUAGGCUAUAUUCCAAUACAUAAGUAGAUGUUUGUGCUUAAAACAUCUUCAUUAUAAAAGAAACAAAAAGUUUUACAAAAAUCACUACUUGUAUUAGAAAGGUGAAGAAAAGCUUAGAUCAGAACUUGAUAUUAUUUCCCUACUCAAGACUCAACGAAAGCUUAAGCUUUUGACUUAAACUCUACUCUCAUAAAAGCAUAGAAUGCUUUUGCGAUUUUAGAGAUAAAAUGUUCUAGAAACAGCAUCUGAAUCUUCAGAUUCAGAUGAUGAUAACCUAGAUACAAUGAGUCUAAUGGAAAAUAAAAAUCCACUAAUUAGAUUAGUUAUAUUUGGAAAAUUGAAGAAAAUGAUGAAAUCAUAUGAGGGUUAAAAACUUAAAUCAAUUGAUAGAAAUCUAAUGAGAGGCAUAUUUCAGAGAAAGCUCAAAGAUUUCUAAGAAGAAUUAAUAGAUUAAACAGAAAAUAAAACACUUUUGCAGAGACUUCACGGAACAUUAGUUGAAAGUACUUAAAAGCUUAGGCUUGAUAAGUACAACAGGUCCAAUAUGAUGAGAAAAAAAAAUCCAUAAUUCUUUGAAAGUGAAUCAUCACCUAAGAGCUCAAAUAAAAGCUAUAUUGAUGGAAUUGAGAAUAUUUCUGACAGUAUAGAUGAUAAAGACUUGCUUAGAAUAGAAAUUGAUGAAUUGGUUACUAAGCAUCCUAUUACAGCUUUUAAUUUCAUUAGAAAUUACUCUCUAUUUGCUUCAUCUGACACAAGAACUAAUAGUGAUGGGAAAUAGUCCAAUCAAAAUAAUGAUGUAAAAAUUCUUAUGGGUUAUUAGAAUAAUGAUAAAAACAAAUCUAAUGAAAUUUAGCUGGACAAGUAAAGCUUUUGA